AUGGCGUGGUCAUCUUGGAGUGGCGGCUGCAAAGAGUGCAAGAACAGUCAGUACCGGCAAAGAGUCGGUCCUCCUGAAAUAAAUUCUCAGCGAGAGAAGUCUGUCAAAUUACAUUCAACACUUCAAAUUCAGUGCUUCGUGAAGGGUUUUCCUAAACCAGAGGUGAACUGGACAAAAGAUGGAAAGUUACUUGAUACCAGGAACAUGCUCACGACUAAUCGAGUGACUUAUGGCGAUGCUGGUCAAUACAAAUGCAGCGCUAAAAACAGUGAAGGGAAAAAUGAAGCAGCUUUUCAUAUUACAGUCACAGGUCCUCCUGAAAUUAAUACUGAGCUCAAGAAUCAGUCGGUUAUAUAUAACUCGUCGCUUCAGUUCAUUUGUUGUCUAAGCGGUUUCCCUACACCUGAGAUACUCUGGACUAAGGAUGGGGUGAAUCGCGGUAACAAGAACACUCUCACAAUUAAUCGAGUGAGUUAUGAAGAUGCUGGUCAAUAUAAAUGCAGCGCUAAAAACAGUGAAGGGAAAAGUGAAUCAGCUUUUCAUAUUACAGUCACAGGUCCUCCUGAAAUUAAUACUGAGCUCAAGAAUCAGUCGGUUGCCUAUAACUCGUCUCUUAAGUUCAUUUGCUCUCUGAGCGGUUUCCCUACACCUGAGAUACUGUGGACUAAGGAUGGGGUGAAUCGCGGUAACAACAACACUCUCACGAUUCGCCAAGCGAGAUUGAAAGACUCUGGUUCAUACACCUGCAGCGCCAAUAACAGCGAAGGAAGCAAAAACUCAACUUUCUGGAUCCAAGUGGCGGGAGUCUCUCCCCAGAUCAUUGAGCCUCCGAAAAGCCAAUUUCUUACCGAAGGAUACCCUGUAAACCUUAAUUGCGUAGCCUCAGGUAUUCCAACACCAACCUUCGUCUGGACUUUUAAUAAUGGUGACCUGCCAUCUGGUAUCAAUCAAACCGAUCACGAAGAAGAAUCAUUCCUAGUUUCGCCAAGUGUCACGAAAGGGAUGAAUGGGACUUACAAGUGUACAGCAAAAAACAAAGCAAACACAACCAGUUCCUCAGCAACUCUGCGUGUUUAUGGAAAAGCCUCUGCUCAAGUUGUUCCAGAGACAGACAUAACAGUCACCAAAGGAGAAACCCUCACAUUGACCUGCAAAGUCAACGAAGAAACAAUAAGCAUAAGGUGGAAAAAAGAUGGAGAAACAAUAACAGAAAGAGCA